UGUAUAUUGACUCCUCCCCCUGAAGCUCACAGUUGACAUCGUGGAGCCUCGUUCGGUGAUUGGGUGUUUGGUGUCAGCUGAUGCAAGAUGGCGGCGGUGUUAAGUGUUGGGGUACGGGCCCGUGUCCUCCCAAUGUCAGGGUCUGUUUCACCUGGUUUGGCCUCGGCCGUGUCCAUUUUGAUUCAGAAAAGGAAGGUUCACCAUUCUCUCAUUCCUAGAGGUAAAGGUGGACGUUCAUCUUUUAGUGGGAUUGUGGCUACAGUUUUUGGAGCAUCUGGAUUUGUUGGCCGAUAUGUGGUAAACAGGCUCGGGCGGAUUGGCUCUCAGGUAGUGAUCCCAUAUCGCUGUGAUGCAUAUGACGUUAAUCAUCUCAAACCCAUGGGUGAUCUGGGACAGCUGACCUUUCUAGAUUGGAAUCCUAGAGAUAAAGCUUCCACCAGACGAGCUGUGGAACAUUCCAGUGUUGUUAUUAACCUUGUUGGACGGGAAUGGGAAACAGGGAACUUCAAGUUUGAGGAUGUCCAUGUCAAAAUUCCACAGGAUAUUGCUCAUGCAUCCAGGGAAGCCGGAGUUGAAAAAUUAAUCCAUGUUUCUCACUUGAAUGCUCACAUGAAGAGCAUUUCAAAGCUUCUAAGAACAAAGGCUGUUGGAGAAAAGGUUGUGAGAGAAGAAUUCCCAGAUUCCAUUAUCAUCAAGCCAUCUGAGAUAUUUGGAAGAGAAGACAAAUUGCUAAAUUAUUUUGCAAACUUGCGCUGGUUUGGACGUGCCACACCCCUUAUUUCUUUGGGCAUGAAGACUGUAAAGCAACCUGUAUAUGUGGCGGAUGUGGCCAAAGCAAUUAUAGCUGCUAUUAAAGACCCUGAUUCCAAUGGAAAAUCAUAUGUUAUAGUUGGGCCCCAUCGAUACCUUCUUCAUGACUUUGUGAAAUAUGUAUAUGCUGUUAUGCAUAGACCAUUUGUACCAUACCCAUUGCCAAGACCUAUCUAUCAUCUUAUGGCGAGGAUCUUUGAAAUAAGCCCAUUUGAUCAAUGGACAUCUCGUGACAAAAUUGACAGGUUGCACAUCACAGACAUGAAGUACCCUGACCUUCCUGGUCUGGAGGACUUGGGAAUAACCCCAACACCUGUUGAACACAAAGCAAUUGAAGUUUUGCGACGUCAUCGCAGGUACCGCUGGUUGGACACUGACCUGGAGGAUGCAAAGCCAGCAACACCUGUGACUUACUAAUGUGUGCUGAAUGAGAUACUCUUUGUGGGUUCCUGAAGGAAGUGAUUACCACAUCCCACCUACUUUGACAGUAAUGUACAUAAAAGUUGGGUUGUCCAGUUUUAAAGAAAUAAAUUCAAAUAUUUAAAUGUU